AUGGCGGCGGAGGAGGCGGAUGUGGACGUCGAAGGGGACGUGGUGGCAGCGGCCGCACAGCCCGGAAAUGAUGAAAAUACAGCAUCUAUUUUACAAGAUCAUUAUCUUGAUUCAUCAUGGAGAACUGAGAAUGGUCUUAUUCCUUGGACUCUGGACAGCACCAUCAGUGAAGAGAACAGAGCUGUCAUUGAGAAAAUGUUGUUGGAAGAAGAGUAUUAUUUAUCUAAAAAAUCACUUCCAGAAAAAUUCUGGCUUGAUCAAAAGGAAGAUGAUAAAAAAUACAUGAAGAGUCCGCAGAAAACAGCAAAAAUCAUGGUACAAUCUCCUACAAAACCAGCCAGUUUCUCAGUAAAGUGGACGAUAGAAGAAAAAGAGCUGUUUGAACAAGGGCUGGCUAAAUUUGGCCGAAGGUGGACCAAAAUUGCAAAGCUAAUUGGAAGCCGAACUAUUUUACAAGUGAAGAGCUAUGCCAGACAGUACUUUAAAAAUAAGGUAAAAUUGGAUGGUCCAGAGAAGGAAGCAUCAAAUCAGAAGAACAGCAGUGAUUUUCAGAUUAAAAGUGAAGAUGAAAGCACAAAGUCUUGGACCCCUUCUAGUUUAAGGGGACGUGCUGAUCCCAACUUGAAUGCUGUAAAAAUUGAAAAGUUAUCUGACGAUGAAGAAGUAGACAUCACAGAUGAGGCAGAUGAAUUGACUUCUCAGGCACCUCAGGAGAAUCCUAGCAGUGAUAUUUUAUUAGAUAUCCCUAAUAGUAAAAGUAAUGAAACCUACCAAGGAGAAUGUAUUACCUCUGACAGCCAGGAAGAUCCCAUUUCUAAAUCUUCCAAGGAAUAUCUUCAGAAUCCAAAGCACAUUGAGAUGGAAACACUUUCAAGCUCAAGAAUUAAAUUUUGGACUGAAAAAGAGAGCACCAGUGAUGAAAAGUCAGUAGAAUUAAAUGAUCAGAAAUGUAAUAAACUGAUGAAAAACUGUGAUAAGCAUAAUGGAAAUGGAAUAGUAGAUGAUACCAGGCUGUUGCCUUCUCCGGAGCCUGGUGAAGUUCAGAAAGAUUUGAGUGAUCAUGAAAUGCUUUUUCAUUCUUGUCAAAUGGAGGAAGAGCACCAUGAGGAAGAAGAGCUUAAACCACCGGAGCAAGAAGUAGAAAUAGAUAGAAAUAUUAUUCAAGAAGAAGAAAAACAAGCAAUUCCUGAAUUUUUUGAGGGGCGCCAAGCUAAAACACCAGAACGCUAUUUGAAAAUUAGGAAUUACAUUUUGGAUCAGUGGGAGAUAUGCAAACCGAAAUACUUAAAUAAGACCUCAGUACGUCCUGGCCUGAAGAACUGUGGGGAUGUUAAUUGUAUUGGACGGAUUCAUACAUACCUCGAAUUGAUAGGAGCAAUCAAUUUUGGAUGUGAACAGGCUGUAUAUAACAGGCCACAACCAAUUGAUAAAGUACGAAUCAGAGACAGAAAAGAUACAGUAGAAGCAUAUCAACUUGCCCAGCGUCUGCAAUCCAUGCGCACAAGGAGGCGUAGGGUCCGAGACCCAUGGGGAAAUUGGUGUGAUGCAAAAGAUUUAGAAGGACAGACAUUUGAGCAUCUCUCUGCUGAGGAGUUGGCAAGAAGAAGAGAAGAGGAAAAAUGCAAACCUAUUAAAUCUUUAAAAGUGCAAAGAUCAACAAAAAGCUCAUUUGAUCCCUUCCAGCUGAUACCUUGUAAUUUUUUCAGUGAAGAAAAGCAGGAGCCAUUUCAGGUGAAAGUGGCUUCAGAAGCACUUUUAAUAAUGGAUUUGCAUGCUCAUGUGUCUAUGGCAGAAGUGAUUGGUCUCUUAGGAGGAAGAUAUUCAGAAAUUGAUAAGAUAGUCGAAGUCUGUGCAGCAGAGCCAUGUAACAGUCUGAGUACAGGACUGCAGUGUGAGAUGGACCCUGUCUCACAAACACAGGCCUCGGAAGCCUUGGCUGUGAGAGGCUACAGUGUUAUUGGAUGGUACCAUUCUCAUCCUGCCUUUGAUCCCAAUCCUUCCCUACGAGAUAUUGAUACUCAAGCCAAAUACCAGAGUUACUUCUCCAGAGGUGGUGCCAAGUUCAUUGGAAUGAUUGUUAGUCCCUAUAAUCGAAAUAAUCCUUUACCAUAUUCCCAGAUUACCUGCCUGGUUAUAAGUGAUGAAAUUAGCCCAAAUGGCUCUUAUCGUGUACCUUAUAAAUUCGAAGUACAGCAGAUGUUAGAAGAACCUCAGUGGGAAUUAGUGUUUGAAAAGACAAGAUGGAUAAUAGAAAAAUAUAGACUCUCCCAUAGCAGUGUCCCUAUGGAUAAAAUUUUUCGCCGGGAUUCUGACCUGACUUGUUUACAGAAACUUUUGGAGUGUCUGAGGAAAACUCUGAGCAAAGUGACAAAUUGCUUCAUCGCUGAAGAAUUCUUGACUCAAAUAGAAGAUUUAUUCCUUUCAAGUUAUAAAAGCAAGCAGGAGAAUGAAGUGGGUGAAGACAACUGUGCUGUAGGUCCAAAGGAAUUGUUAAUGUAG